CCAGCGGCCCCCGGCCGCACCGGCCCGCGGACGCGGCGCUGACCGGCGGACGGCGGCCAUGGACAGCGGCGGCCCCGGCCCGCACGGACGGCACCGGCAGAUGCCCUGAUGUCUGCCCCGUGCAGAGCCCUGACCUCCCCGGGGGUGGCAGAUGUGCAGGUGCUGCUGUGAAUCCCCAGUAAAAGAAUGAGUGAGAGAGACAUCCAAAGCCUGAGCAAAUGGGUUUUUGUGCUCACUCUCUGCAUUACCACGCUGUGGGGAAGACUGACGCUGGCCUCCAGCCAUCACAGAAGCCAUUCAGUGCACGUCGAGCCUGGCACCUGUGAGGUGAUCGCAGCUCACCGCUGCUGCAACAAGAACAAGAUCGAGGAGCGCUCGCAGACCGUGAAGUGCUCCUGCUUCCCGGGCCAGGUGGCAGGCACGACUCGGGCAGCUCCCUCCUGUGUGGAUGCCUCCAUCGUGCUGCAGAAGUGGUGGUGCCAGAUGGAGCCGUGCCUCGAUGGGGAGGAGUGCAAGGUCCUGCCUGACCUCUCUGGCUGGAGCUGCAGUAGUGGCAACAAAGUGAAGACCACCAAGGUCACUCGGUAGCCUCCGUGCAAGGACCAGCUUCGGCACGGGUCCCCAGUGCUCCGCAGGGCUGUGAGCAGCAGGAUGUGAUCCAGCUGCCUGGUUCCCGUGGGUGUGAGAUGCUCCGGGGCUGCCAGCCUGUGCCAGAAGCUGAAUCCGAGCAUCCACUGAGCCCUUACUUCUCUGGGGGCUGCAAGUGUGGAACCUCAGCACAGCUGCAAGGCUCCUGCCGCUCCAGGGUCCCUUCCUGCCCUCUGGACGCCGACUGAGAAAUGAGCUUCUCCUCCCACCCUCCUGAAUGAACUCCUGCAGUCAUGUUAGAGCUGUUUGCAGUGCACAGACAGACAGACAGCAGCUCCCCAGGUGGGCUUUGCUCUGAGGCAGCUGCUGUCACUGCUGCACCACCUUUGCCCAGCGCCCAGGAUGCGGAAUCAGGAACAGGGAAGCCAAAGGAUGUGUGGAGCCUUCUCCAGUUCUGCUCACAGCUCUUGCUCAGAUGAGUUCCCAGGAGCAAGCCCUGAGCUCCAGCCUGGCCUCAUGUCACCUGGGGGCUGCCCUGAGCCUCAUUGUGCAUUCCCUGCCUGCGACCUGGCUGCUGUGAGCAGUGUGGUGGAUGCCUCGGUGUGGCCAGGGCUGCCUGACACCCCAGCAGCCCUGGGGAUGUUGAAACCCUCCACGGAGUGUGCUGCUGCUUUCUCCUUCCUCCACGGUCAUCAGGCUGCCAGCCCAGUGCCUGUUCUCCACCCUGCCAGCCCCAGCACUCAGCUGCUGCUUGUGUUUGCAGUCGAAUUCCAGAACACAGCCUAGGGGAAGCCCUCUCCUGCUCACAGCUCUGGUGGGCCUGGCGCUGGCACUUGCCCAGCCACAAACCCCAGCUGAGCCAGGCUCUGCUGCAUUCAGUCCAAUGAAGAAACACCAACCAGUACCAUCUGCUGGCCAUGAGCUCCUGAGCUUUUCCAGGACACAGCAUUUCCCCUGGCAUGGCAGCUGGAGGGGGAGAGGAUGGAAGCCCUGAGGUCCCACCACUGGCAGGCCUGGGGACGCUGGGGCUGCUGCACUGCUGAGGCUGGGAGCACAAGGGCUGAGCAAGAGCACUGCUGCAAGGAGUGGGGCCAAGCCCUCCCCAGGGACCUCAGUCCUACUCUGUGAUCCAUGCAAGGGAUGUGCCAGCUUGGGAAGGGCCAGGGGCUGGAGGCAGUGCAGGGGCUGGCAGCACAACGCUGGUGCCACUGGUGGGACUUGGCACUGGGAGGUUUUUGUAACAGGGUAGGUAAUGCCUGUCCCAGGCGUGGUGUAAAUACCAGGCUGUGAAAUAAUAAAUUCAUUUUAAUCUCUGCAAA